GAAAUUGUGUUGUCAAAAUGGCAGGACACGGACAUCAUCAUCACCAGUUCUCUCUGUGUUUUUGCGACCUAAUGAGGCUGCUGUGGUCCCUGGUUGUCCCCUGCGUCUACCUCAGCCUGGCCCUGAGCCUGCUGCUGCUCCUGGUCCUGCUGGGGCUCCGUAUGUGGCUGCAGGGUCGCCGUAAGUCCCGCCGCGCCCAGGACGGCGGCCCGGCGGUGGCCUUCUUCCAUCCUUACUGCAACGCCGGAGGAGGCGGGGAGCGCGUGCUGUGGUGCUGCCUGAGGGCCCUAAUGAACCGGUACCCCAACGUCUCAUUUGUGGUUUACACGGGAGAUCAGGGGGUGAGUGGGGAGCAGAUCCUGGAGGGGGCGCGGCAGCGUUUCAACAUCACACUGCCUCGACCGCCCACCUUCGUCUUCCUGCGUCACCGUGGGCUGGUGGAGGCUGCCUGCUACCCCCACUUCACCCUGCUUGGCCAGAGUCUGGGCUCCAUGUUCCUGGGGUGGGAAGCUCUCACAGCUUUUGUUCCUGACCUCUACGUAGACUCCAUGGGCUACGCUUUUACACUUCCGAUUUUCCGAUAUUUGGGGGGCUGCAAGGUGGCGAGCUAUGUUCACUAUCCCACCGUCAGCACGGACAUGUUGUCUGUGGUGAGAGAGAGGAACCCCAGGUUCAACAACGCAGACUUCAUCUCCAGAAACCCGGUGCUGAGCGCACUAAAGGUGGUGUACUACUGCUGCUUCGCCCUUCUCUACGGCCUGGCUGGCUCCUGCAGCGAUGUCGUCAUGGUGAAUUCCACCUGGACGCUUGGACACAUCCUGGCUCUGUGGCGCUCGCCCAGCCGCACCAGCGUCGUCUACCCGCCCUGCGAUGUCAGGGCCUUUCUGGAAGUUCCCCUCGAGGGAGAGGAUGAGGAGGAGCUGGAGGAAGGCUGGGAGGAGUUGGGAGGCGAGCUGGGGAGUGAAGAGGAAGGUAGAGCUGAAGGGGUAGACAGGAAAUGCCACUCCAUCGUCUCUGUGGGUCAGUUCCGGCCAGAGAAGGACCACCCGCUGCAGAUCAGGGCGUUCCGUAAGCUGAUGGACAGGAAAAGGGAGGGGCCCGGGGGAAGGGAGGCGCUGCGGCUGGUGCUGAUAGGAGGCUGCAGGAAUAAAGAAGACGAGGACAGGGUGCUGAUGCUGCGAGGACUCUGUCAGGAGCUGGGCAUCUCAGACUGCGUAGACUUUAAACUCAACGUUUCUUUCGAGGAGCUGAAGAGGGAGCUGGCGAACGCGAGCAUCGGGCUGCACACCAUGUGGAACGAACACUUUGGCAUCGGUGUGGUGGAGUGCAUGGCUGCAGGUACCAUCGUUCUGGCCCACAAGUCAGGAGGUCCGAAGCUUGACAUCGUGGUGCCAUACGAGGGCAGGCAGACGGGCUUCCUGGCAGACAGUGAGGACAGCUACGCCGCAGCCAUGGAGACCAUCCUGUCGCUGUCGCCUUCGGCUAAACUGGAGAUAAAACGCGCAGCCCGGGAAUCAGUGAGUCGAUUCUCAGACCAGGAGUUCGAAGCUUGUUUCCUUGCUGCCACUGAGCCUCUGCUGAAUCAAGUGGUCCGAUGAGGAAGAACAGGUGGUGUCCACCAGGGAGCAGGAAGGAAUUGGGAGGUUUUCUGUCUGUGCAGAGAACCAUCAGGCUGAAUUUGUAGUGAAGGUGAGGAAGAUUGAACAGAAUGGUGGCACAGAUCUAACUUCCCUUCUGCUUUCUUUUCAUGACCUCACUGAAACUCUGGACUCGUUCAAAGCUUCCCUGCUUCCUUCAUGUCUUUUCCUGAUGUUGCUGAAUUGGGAUUCAUGUCCGGUUAAAACAGAAUAAGAUGGUGUAACAAGGUGCCUCAUUAUUAGUUUAACUACCAGGAAAUAAGAACAAAUGUAAAAAAUAAUCAAUUUCUUUGUUCACCAGAACUCCAGUUUAAAAACGGAUAAAACAUCCACUGUGUGCAGAAUGAGAAGAAGAAGCAGAUCCUCCCCUGCUGCUUCACCUCAUGCUUCAUGUUCUGAUUUAAACAGGCUUGCAGGUGGAUGUUUAUUCCCUGAACAGUUUAAAAAUAAUUUAGGAAUAAAGACACAGAUAUUUAAAUCCCCUCCAGGAAUCCAGGUAUAGUUAAUUUUUUGCAUUGAUAUUUGAUCCCAAAAAAGAUAGAACUUUUUUUAAUAAUUGUUUAAUAGGUCAAUCAUCUGGUUCCUGCCUCCAAGUAUAGGUAUAACAGGCUGACUUAUGCAGCAAGACUUUUGGUGUUUGUGUCUAAACUAAGCUGGACUUAGUGCAUCUCUGCACUGGAGAUCAAAUUUAUGUUGAUUCUGGGUAGAAUUACAGAAGAUUGUUUCUUAAAAUCUGCUCUUCUUUAGUCUUUCUAUCCAAAAAUAAAAAAAAUUUUGUAUUUACAUAAUUUUAUUUUCCUGAAUGUGUCACCUUAUUUAAUGAUCUCUAAAACAGAAAUUUAAAUGUUAUUUUUAUCUCAGUGGAUGUUUAGUUAAAUGGGGCUUUUUCUGUUGCUACUUUGUGCAAUCUCUGUUGUUUUAUUGAAGAUGAAGGUUGAGUUGAGGUUAUGGCCAAAUCUAUCUAUAUUGUCUGAAUGAUUUUUUUCUCUGCAUUCCUUCACCCUUUUAUAAAAUCCAGGCAUGAUAUUAUUAUAAAUGGUA